AUGGCUCUCGCAUACCCAGAGGGCGAGUGUUUCUUUACCAGAAAGGCGUUGGACAGUAGCGCCGCAGAUGGGUACAAGGCAAGCGAUCCUAAGAACUUCUACAGCCAUAUGAUGAUAGAGUAUGUAUGGAACCAUUGGGCAGAUAGUGUGUCUGUUGGGAGACGCAACCACCCCCGAGCGGAAUACAAAAACGUGACAGGUGUAGGGUGGAACACCCGAUUUGGUGCGUGGUCAGAGCUGCCAAUCAGUUACGGACCGCGCCCGGAUGAUAUCAAGAGGAGAGGAUCACAUAAGCUUUGCACGAAUGGGAACGUGUUCAGGGAUCGUGACAACGGCGGAGGUGAUCAGCUGCUGGGCUACGUACGAGCAAUAUACCUUCCAGUGGCCCACUCGGUCAACAAAGAUCACGAGGAUCUUUGCUCGUUCGUCCAGGUAAAUUUUGCGCUCGACAGAAAAAUCGACAUGUGGAUAGAGGACGCUGAAUGUUUUUACGAAUUCCCUACCACCUCAACAUUUGGGCUAGGUAUCUGGGCAGACCGUACCUUGGGUGUGGAUGUCAGCAGUCUUAUUGAACUUCUCUGCCUACCUCGUCAGCUCCGAAAGAAUCAUUGCUAUGCCUUGAAACUCAUCAAGCUCGUCAACAGCGGUUCAAUUAGCCACGUGGACCUCAAAUUCAACAUCUCCGAUGAACAUGACAAAAGUUGGGUUGACGUGGCUAAAGGAAAUUUUGGGCUUGACCUCACCUGGCUGCCCGCAGAGAAAACCUUAUGGGCCGAGAACUUUGUCAAGAACACUCUCAACUUGGCCAUCGGUUUCAUUCCCGUGGCAGGUCCUUUUUGCCAGAUUAUGUUCACAGUGGCCUGGACUGGUAUUGCCGAGGACGGACCCGCGGCAUGGAAAGCUUACAAAGACAUGUGCCCCGGCUGGGAUCUUACAGAGCAUAUGAUCCAGGAGCUCGCCCGCACUUCGAAUGAGACACGAAAGUUCUUGCCAACCGGUUGGCAAGCUCUGAAGCUUUCAACGAACAAGGACGUCGUUGAAAAUGUCGAGGUCAAAACAAAGCCCGUCGACAGGAAGAUGGACAAGAGCUUGCAAUUCAGGCAAGAAGAAAAGGUAUACCUCAAUUCUUAUUCGUGGCGCAAAUAG